GUCACGGGCCGAGGCCAGUGGAGUGCCGAGCGUCAGAGUGGAGUGAAAGACAGAUAGGAGGCAGGCGGUAUCACGGAGGCCUCCGGAGCAAGCGCACCUACACAGCACAAAUUCCAACAGAGAACCACCACGGGACAGAACUUUAAUGUCAGGUAUCGCUCAUCACUGACCAAGGGGGCUAUCCUAUCAACACAAUUGACUUGCUCCUCUGUUAGAGAAAGGUCAGCUCUCUAUCUGUCAAGAGCAGCGUCCACUGACUCCAUUGGAGGUUGGACACAACCAGGUGUGACUGGCACUUCAGUUACAAGGACUAAACGCAAUAUGAUGGCUGAGACAGCCAGGAAAGUCACAGUUUCGCAAUCAUCUCAGGAUGAAGAUGACCUACCUCUCCCACCUCCUCCCCCUCCCUUGUCAGUCAGGCCCCUUCACUAUGAAGGGCCCAAUAGCCUCCCCGUGCCUCCACCUAAAGAAACCUUCUCCACAUACUACCAGCAACGGCAGAAGACUGAACUGAAGAGACUCUUCAAACACAUCCACCCAGACAUCCUGGGAGAUCUUGGUGAUGCUGUGGAUGAUGACAUCAUGAAGGCGGUGCAGCUAGACGACACAGAGCUGGCAGACGCAGCUAACCAGGGUGAAGUUCAGUCAAUGAGGUGGAUAUUUGAAAACUGGAAUCUGGAUAGUAUUGGGGAUCCUCAUGCAACCAAGAAGCUGCUGGAUGAGCAGGACGUAACCGGGGGAAAUGUCCGAGGGACGUCCUCCAUGUUUGAGCAGAGUGCUAGCAGACAGCAGACAUGUGCACAAAGGCAGACCUCUGUCAGAGGGGACGUGAGAACGUCUACCUGGCUGUUUGAAACCCAGCCCUUAGAUUCUCUUAAUAAAAAAGAAGACGGUGAGCUGGUUGAAGCCGUGCUGAAAGAGGCCGUCCAGCCAGGAGUUGUAAGUGGGACUCGAAUGCUUUUUGAGACUAAACCCCUAAGUGACCUGGGACGCUGCAACUCAAUAGAAGACCAUAACUUUUUGAAACUGAGGUCAGAGCUCCAGGAAGAAAAAGGAGAUGUCCAGAAGACUGUGAAACUGUUCCAGGCAGAACCUCGCUGUGCCAUCAGAGACAAUAGUGGCAAUAUCCAUUCAGUUAAAUCCAUCUGCAGGGAGGAGAUCAAAAAUGGCAACACGAGCACUGCCCGUUGGUUAUUUGAAACUCAGCCUUUGGACCUGAUUAACAAGGGAACUGAUGGAGUGAAAAUAAUUCGGGGUAUAUCUCUGGAGGAGGGGCACAGAGGUGGAACGGAGAGAAAAAGAUGGAUGUUUGAAACUCAGUCCUUUGAUGACAUACAAGAGGUUGCAGUGGACGAGUUUAAGGGCACAAUGGCUGAGUGCACAGGAGAGGUUGAUGUCACCAACAAGACAAAGCUCUUUGAGAUGCAACCCUUGGCAACGCUAAGAGGAAAUGCAGAGGAAAAGAGUUUGGACAAAGAAAACAUAAUUGGAGGAGAUGUAAAGACCUCCAUGUGGCUGUUUGAAACUCAGCCAAUGGAGACUCUAAAUGAUAGCUAUGAAGUUGGCUGUUUGAAAAAAGUUACCCUUUCAGCUGAUGAAAAGGGAGCGGUAAAAGACAAAAAGAUCAUCUUCGAGAGCUGCAGCACUGGAACGAGCAUCUCGACAAACGAACAAGAGAUUGAAAAGGGUGAUGUUAGAGGAUUCAAGCAUCUUUUUGAAACAAUCCCUCUGAAUAAGAUUGCUCAUUUUGAUGAGGAGAACUGUGAGAAAGAAAACCUCCCAUCAGAAGAUGUAACGCAUGAGGAUGCUCCGUUGUAUGCCAUAAAAGACAGCUCUGGAAACUUCCACAAGAUAACAACCGUCAACCGUGAGGAAUUAAUCAAGGGCAAGGUCCAGAACUACAAGUGGAUGUUUGAGACCAAGCCUUUAAAUGAGCUAACAAAAGGAAAAGAAAAUGUCGAGGUACUCAAAGGCAUCACUAGACAGGAGGACACAAUGGGUGAUGUCAAGUUGGCAAAGUGGCUUUUCGAAACCCAGACAAUAGAUGGGAUUCAUUCCAAGUUCAACCAGACGGAGCCAAACUAUUCUCUUGAAACCGAGUCUUGUAAAGGCAAUGUCAAGACAUGCAAAUGGCUUUUUGAGACACAACCAAUGGACAUUUUGUAUGACAAAUCAGAGAGAGUUAAAGACACGGAGGCCAUCAACAACGCCAAUGUCAAGUCCAUUACAUGGCUUUUUGAAUCGCAGCCAUUAGACACCAUCAGAGAAGGUGAGGAGUACAAUCUAAGGCUCUGCGACACCAUACAGAAUCCAGUCAAAUAUGAGAUGGGAGUUCAAACAGUCAAACAUCUGAUAGAAACGGAGACCGUGGACAGAGUUAGAAAUGACACACACUCAGACCAAGAUGUAAGAUGUGUGAGUCAAGUUAACUUUCAGUCAGGAGAUGUCUCAAGAGUCAAAGAACUUUUUGAAUCCCAGUCCCUUGAUGAAAUCGGAUCAGAGAUGGCAUGCAAUGAACAGGAUGAUGAUGAUACCAUCCAAAAGGGAUCAGUACACAAAUUCACAUGGUUGUUUGAGAACUGUUCCAUGAGCAUGAUCAAUAAGGACGACGAUGAUGCAAACACGCAGAGAGUUACCGAAGAUGGGAGUGGGGAUGUGAAGAACAAAAAGUUUAUUUUUGAAACCUCCUCACUGGACAAAAUCCACCAGCAACCACUUGAACAGAAGUCAGUGUGUGUGGAAGAGCCUAUCAGUGAUAUUGAUGUCAAGUCUAGCACCAUGAUGUUCGAGUCCCUGCCACUGUAUGCCAUUAGGGACAAAGAGGGACAGUUCCAUGAGGUGACAACUGUGAAAAAGGAAGAAAUAUUGAGUGGUGAUGUGAGAGGAGCCAGAUGGAUGUUUGAGACUAAGCCUCUUGAGGCCAUCAAGGCAGAGAACGAAGUUUACGUGAUCAGAGCUGUCACUCAAGAGGAUGUCGAGAAGGGAGAUGUCAAAUCAGCCAGAUGGAAGUUUGAGACACAACCACUGGACUCCCUUACCUGCCGAGAGGAACCUUCUGUCAAGGUCAUUGAAGACUUUGGGAGCUGUAAUGUGCAGCUCAAUAAAAAGAAGUUUGAAUCAGAGGAGUCCAACAAGUUUGUAAGGAUGGUUAGUGUCACCGACGUUCAACGUGGUGAUGUCAGGACCUCCACCUGGCUCUUUGAGAAUCAAACUAUUGACAGUCUCGGGGGAGAACCUCAAGAGCAAGGUCCAGUCAAAACGGUCUGCAGAGAAGACAGCCAGAAAGGAGAUGUGAAACGUUGUACUUGGUUGUUUGAAUCACAGCCACUAGACAAAAUCAAGCAGCAAGAAGAAACUUCAUUCCAAGCCACAGAGGAGACAAUACCAAAAGCUGAUGUGAAGUGCACAACCUGGCUCUUUGAGACAACUCCACUGGACAAAAUCACAUCCAGUAGUGUCACUGACACGGUGGUAUACUUAAGUGAACUGAGUUUGGUUCACUCAGGUGGUAUCAUAAUUGAAGCAAAUGAAGGUCGAAACGUUACCAUGGCAAAAUUCCAUCUUGGAAGCACACAUGAAGUCCAAAUUCAGAAGGAGGAGGUUGUUGAGGGCAACCUCAGGAACAUCAUUCUACAGCUCUUACUCAAACCAACCAACCCAGAAGUUACUCUUCUCCGAGAAGCGGAGAAAGGUAAAGUGAAUACCACCAUAGUUGAACUUCCAGUCUAUCAUUCAUCUACAGCUAUUACCCUGGAGCGAGAUCAAAUAAUACAAAACAUCGUUCAUAUGAUCGAUGAGCUGCUUGUUCAAGAUAAGAACUUCAAGAAAGGGAUCCUCAUGCAAGAGACUACUGGGGGACAAGCAGAGAUGUUUGUCUAUUCGCUCAUUGGCCACAAUGAAACUAAAGCUCAGAGUCCUGCCAUUGAAAGAGGAGACGUGAAGUCUACGAUUGGAAAUUUGUUAGCCACUGCCAACAGUACAAAAACAGCAGCAUCAUGUAGAAUCGAUGAAAUUGAAAAGGGGAAUGUGAACCUGUACAAAAGUUGCAUUGAGAAAGGAGAUCUGCACUACCUGAAAAGUCUCCAUAGUGAGAUAUCAGAAGAUGAAGUUGAUAACAAUACUCUUAGCAAGGAGCAAAUUGAAAUCAUACAGGGCGAUGUGAGGGAAGCAAAGAGGAAUCUUUGCCAGCACAAGGAGCUGGUGGAGCGAACUAUUUCUGAUGUUCUGCCAGGGGAUGUGAAGAACACCAAGAAGGUAUUUUCAUCAGAAUGUGCCUUCAUUGCUGAAAACUCUAUUCCUAGAGAUGAAAUCAUUCCUGGCGAUGUUUCAAUAGCCAAGCAACAACUUGCAGCAAAGCAAGCAGUCAUGGUGGAAAAAGAGGAAAUUGUAGCUGGUGACGUUAAGGCAACAAUGCAGUCUUUAGAACGUGCAAAGCAACAGAGCAUGUGUGUAGACCGGGAGGUCAUUACACCCGGAACUAUUUAUGAUAUGGACUUGUCCAGUAAAUGUCCUGAAACAGAAGAAGUCCAAGUCCAAAAAGAGGUGAUCAUAUGUGGAGAUGUGAAGGCAGCUAAAAAGUCCUUGGAACUGGCAAAGCAGCAAAGCAUGCAUCUGGAGCGGGAAGUCAUUGUUCCUGGGAAAAUAUACAACUUGGAAGUCUCUGCACAGGAAGGAAGCUCUUCAGUGGUUACGCAAUCGUCUUCCUCCAGAAGCCAACAGGUCAAGACUUAUCCAAAGGUCAGUGAUGCAGUGAAAGAUUUGGAAAAUGUUUCCUUAGAGGCCUGCCAACAGGGAAACAUAUCCCAGUGCAGCGCAGUUAUAGUCAGUAAUAGUGUACCUUUUUUAAGCUAUGAAUGCAAUGGUCUGACAUCAACACAUGAUGAGCCAGAAGAUGUUAUUAAAGGAGAUAUAAAGGCUGCCAUUAGAUCUCUGCAAAGUGCAGCAACAGAGCAUAGGCUCCCAGAUAAAGAAGACAUUGUAGGGGGUAACAUUCACCUAGCACUGCAAUCGCUUGAGAGGUCUAGUGUAAAUGUCUCCAAGGGAGACUUUAAAUCUGCAAUGCUGUACAGGAAGUCAGGAAGAGCUUGUUCAGAGAGGAGUGUUGUGGUGCCUUUGCCUCCAUCUGACACAACAUUGUCUCCUUCAAUUUCAGUAACCUGUGAAGGGAAACCAUACGUCACAGCACAGAAACCGACACGCCACCCAGUAAAAAAUGGUUCUGAGGUUGGAACCGCUCCGCUACCCCUACAAAAGACACCACAAGAGCUGAAGCCAGCGUUGCCACCAAAGCCACAAUGGACUAAACCUGCGAUUGUAGAGGAUCCGAACAUGUCACCAACAAAUAAAAACAAUUCAGUGACUCAUCAGAAUGCAAAAAAAUACGCACAACAUCCCACUAAUGGGUUAAUUGAGGACACAAGGCAUUCGGAUUGCCAAGUGACAAAAUCAAACACCACUGAAUUGGAGAUGGAGAGAAAUGUCAUACAGAAAAUUAAUGCAGCAGAGGAGAUACAAAAGUGCAUGAGGGAUUACGAAGACAAUGCAAAGCAUGAAAUGAACAUGAGCUUGCAGGCUGCUUUAAAGAACUUUGAAAGAACGGGCAGUGAGACCCUGAAUAAAAAAGCCAAUUUCUUGCCCACAAAGAAAAUUCUUAAAGAUGAUGUGAAGAAACCGACCCCAAACACAGACUCCGCUCAAAACUCCAGACCAAAGCCCUCAGUUGGUGGAAAGCAACUCAGCAACAGUGAUGCAUCAGAGACAAGUAACCCAGCAAGUCUAUGCCAAAUUCAAGCAACAAACACGACUGAUGACAACAAAAAUAAAGUUGUUUUAAGAGAGAAGAAGGUUAAAGAGACAGAGGAUGAGCGACGACAGAGGCUCUCUGUGCACAAGGACGAGAUCAUGAAGGGCAAUGUGAAGGCAGCCAUGGAAAUCUUUGAAAACAUGAGAAAGCGAGAGGAACUCAAGGGAAUCUUAUCUCAGAUGCAAGAGAUAGAGGGAGAAAGCAGCAAUGUGGACAUGAGCUCAGUGAAGACAUUUUAUAAUACUGUCCCCGCUUGGAUGGUGCCACCAAGUGAAAAUCCAAAACAAAGCAAACAAAUGGAGAAGAAAGUUGAAGUUGAAACACAGGAUGACGACCUAGAGAGUGUUUCUUCAGUUGAAACUGUGUUUGAAGAUUUGGAAAAGGCAAGUAAGGAGAUCUUGAAUCUGAAGGAACAGACUUUAGCCAAGCUCCUUGACAUCGAGGAGGCGAUUAAAAAGGCUCUCUACUCGGUCUCUAACCUGAAAUCUGAGGCAGACAUUGCAGGGUUGUCAGGACUGUUUGAUGAAUCCUUAAAAUCGGAGCACCAUAUUCAACCUGCCAACAAAAUCAAGAAAAUCAGCAUUGUGACAACCAAGGCCAAAUCAGGUCAAAGCAAAGAAGGAACAAAUCUCCCCAGCGACUUAAGUCCUCCAAAUAAAGAAGCGCCCAGGCAAUUCAACAACAAGCUCAUUAGACAGUCCUCUUCCCAGUCAUCCCCUUCCUUUAUCUCCAUUCAUUCCGCUGCCAGAAGGCCUGCUGAACAACAGAAGCCCAUCAUGUCCACAUUUAAACCAGCACUGGAGGAGAAAGGUCAGAACUGUCAAGGUGAUCUGGACCAAGGGUCUGCUAACAGCCCAGCAAAGCGCAAGGUCAGCGUGCUUGAGGUGCAAACGCUUCCCAAGGAACCUGCAGGAAUCGUUGGUACAAAGACUGUCAGUGAAACCUACGAAGAGACAGAUGGUUUUGGAAACAGUUUUGUCUCCUCUGUGAAGUCUACAUUUGUCACCACACAGUCUGACAGUCAAACAGCUGCUCUGUUUGAGGUGGUCGGGAGCCCAAGCAGAUACGAAGUCAUGACAUCCCCAUUACCACAAAGAUCUAGUUUCGCCCCUGAGGAUGAGAAGCUGCGUAAGACUGGCAAGACACAGAUGUUUGUAACAUUUAGCCAACCACCCAACGAAGAACACUGAACAAACCCAUCUCCUUAGCAGUCUUUAAAGGAAAACUGCAAUUUUGGGGGCAAUAUUGCCUAUCGUCCACAGUCCUUAUGUGAGACAUGAACACACAUGUCUUUCUCUUUUCUGUGAUUCUAAAACUAUAAAAACAGAUAAAAAGAGACAGGUCAUUACUGCACUUGAUGGGACACACCUAUGUAACCAUGUAGUAACAGGUACAUUCAUGAUAACAUGUAAUACUUACAGCAUUUUGUUGUAUUUUGGUCCUUUUAAGCAUUACCUGAAUUUCCUUCCUGGCCGCAUUGAUUUCAUAUAGCAACAUAGAAACAAACGCCUACACCUAGUUAACUUUUCCAAACUCAAAAAUAGAAACACAGCAGCAGCUCCUUUAUGUAGCGUUACCCUUUCGUAGUUGCCUGAGGCGUGGUGAGCGCGUGUUUGUGGUGAAGCUAGUCGCUAGCUGGCUAGUAGCUAGCAGGUGUGGCGUGGCAAGGUGUCAAUACAUCAGUAAUAUAGUUCGAUUGUGGUAAUAACGUUAAUAAUAAUAAUAAUAAUGUUGCUGUAGCUUGGGUAAUAUGCAUGUCACAUUAUAUGUAGUUAUGUAUGUAGUGAGUUCUUUUCAGAAGGCAUUAUAGGCGGAAUAUGUGUUUCCCAUUACCGGCAUUCUUAGCUCUGUCUUUUUGUCUGUUUUCACAUCAUUCGAACGCACAGAAAAGAGAAAAACAUAUGUGUCCAUGUCUCACAUAAGGAUUGCGGAUGAUGGGCAAAAUAAAAAAAAGUGUAGUUUUUCUUUAAGAAACCACAUACUGCAUUUGUGUUAAGUUUUGUUCAUUCAAAAAUCUCAAGUCAUGUAGGGAUGAAAAUGUUAAGUUUUUAUUCAAGAAACAUUUGUCCUAGAAAUUUUAUACUGUACUCUAUUAUAUAAAGUGUAAAAUUCUUUUAAGUAAACAAAAUAGCUGUAAAGUGUUGUGUAAAUUGUUUAAUAAAUUACAGUUUAAGAAAAAAAAGUCUAUAUUCUUAAUAUGUGUUCUAUGGGAUUCACAGUAUGGAUGGGUAUUCACACAAGUUUUGUUGACAAAUGACCUGACAAUGAAUAUGAAUAAUUAGGAGUGCACGAUAAUUAUCCGACGUGCAUGGGAAUUGACAUCAUACAGAUAAAUCUGAUAACAUUAAAAAUAGCUUACAUAACCGAAAAUAAAAAAAAAACUCUUACCCAUACUGUGGGGUGUGUUACUGGGCUCCAUUCAUCUUCUUCCACUUAUCCGAGGUCGGGUCGUAGGGGCAGCAGCCCAAACAGGGAAGCCCAUACUUCCCUCUCCCUGGCUACUUCGACCAGGCGUUCCUAGGCCAGCUCAGAGAUAAAACAAUUCAUUGCUUCAGGCUUUGAAAAACCAGAAGUUGUUGUUAAAUUAAGUUAUUUUCAUAGGGCAAUUCUUUUGUAAUGUUAAAUCAAAUUAGUAGCCUGCAAUUUAAGGGUGAACAUGGGGAAAUUUUGGUUAUUUAGAAUUAUUAUUUAAUGCUUCUCAAGAGGAGAUUCAAUUUGAUACUCACAUACAGUGGUUCCAGACUCCACAGUGAUAAGUGAAUUUCCACUAAGUAGGAUUCCUUUUUUAUAAAUGAAUAUUUCUGUAAUUAUGGCAUAGAAAACCUCUUUACAAGCUUCUAAAUAUGUUUUUUAACAUUAUUAGAGCUCUCUAGAUUUGAAAUAACAAGCAUAUAGUAACCUGUGCAUUUGUAUUACCUAAUAUAGUAUAUAUAAUCAGAGAAAAUAUAUUUUUUAUCAUUAUUAUUACUAUAGUGCUUGUUGUGAGAUCAUUUAAACCUGCAAUAAACGUCUCUUGUUCCGGUGAUCAGGUCUGGUGCUUAUCUUACCGAACAAUUUCUGAACCUAGUGGCCAUAUAGAAUACUACAUUAACAAUUUAAAUUGUUUUCUUAAUGGUUUAUAUUUGUAUUUUAGUUUAUUUAGCCAAUUUUACGCUUCAAAAUGAUUAAUUUAGGCAAAAAAUACGUACAAUUUGCUUCAAUAUGCUUUUUUUUUAAAGCCGUAUUCAACCAGGAGAGAGCAUGAUUUAUUGAUUAAUAUAUGUUUGAAAAACCUUGAUAGAGUGAAGCCGUGAAAUUCGAACCACGAUGUGGCGUGGAACGACUGUACAUACAGAAUAUACCGUAUAUUACAAAAACAUUUUCAGUUUAUUACUUUGUGACAUUCAUUUGUCUCUAUUGUUAUAGUUUUUGUCACCUGUCAAGGAAAUGUGUUCAGCCUGUAUGACGCCGGUGUAUCCAAUGGAAAAAAUGGUGGCCAAUAAACUUACCCUGCACAGCAAGUGUUUCUGCUGUAAACACUGUCAAAAGAAGCUCAGGUGAGAUGUUUGAUGACUAUUUAGAUACUAUGUUUCAACAAAAUCUAUCUCCAUUGAUUAAAAAGUGUCGAUCAAAAAACAAAUCUAACAAUGUAUCAUGUUGCGUUUCUUAUGAUUAAAAAAAACACUACCUUUUUAUUGCAGCAUUCACAACUACUCCUGUCUUUAUGGCGAGUUCUACUGCAUGUCUCACUACCAGCAGCUUUUCAAAAGAAAGGGAAAUUAUGAUGAGGGAUUUGGGCACAUGCAGCAUAAAGACCGCUGGCUUAGGAAAGAUAAAGGAACAGAUGAACCAGACGCUACGGCCACCCCCAAAUCGACAAAAAGCAGCUUAAGCACUCCUGCAGCCCCCAGAGAGUUGUCCACUGAAGCAUACGUCACAAAGUCGCAUGUGACCGAGAUGAGGCAUGGCAGUAAUGCUGACGUCAGGGGCAAACUGAAAGUGAAAUGGCCACCAGAGAAGAAGAAGUCACUUCUGCCUGUAAAUUCAACAGGUUUGAACCUAAUUGAUAAAGUCAAACAGUUUACACAUGCCAUGGUCUCCGAAGUCAGGGAGAAAGCGCCGACAAAACACCAUAACGCACAAGAGAAGCCAAAACCCACAAAUUCUCCUACAAAAUUUAAACAUUCCCAAGUCAACAUAUCUCCAACAGUGAGACAACAAAGUGAAACAGUUGUACCCAUCAUGAAAACAAACUGGGAUAUAGCUUCUGAGAAACAAAAUGCUAGUUCAAAAAAAACAAGGAAGUCUGUACAUUUUGCACCAAUUGUUGAUGUACAGCCUCCUCAACAGACCUCAGGUGCGACAGAGGUGGAUCCCACUCGGGUGGUGUCUUCAGUGGGCCAAACGCAGAAACUCGAUGAUAAUGCAUUCAAUAAUCCAAAUGAUAAAUGUGAACAAAACGACUUAGAUCAGAAAAUGCACCCUGAACAUAAACCCAGAAGAGAUACAAGCACUACACAAUCUGGUGUUGAGAUGGAGAAAAGGCAAGAAAUCCUACAAACCGAUGACAACGCCACGCUUACUGAUAAUUCCAGUUUCCUCAAAGACCAUUCAAAUCAAGUUAUUAUGAGACAAGAGCCGUCAGAGAAACGAGAUAUCAAGUUAGAAAUUGUACAUCCUCCUACGAAACCUGACAUGACCUCUGAUAGCAACAAAUGUAGGGCUGAUGAGAUAAAUUCACCACAAGAAAAAGAACAGGUUCUUGCAAAAACAAAUUCCCUCAAGGGUUUUGCAAAACAGGCUGACAGGUCCAAAGUCAGGCUGGGAUCUUGGUCCAAAGGAAAGAGUCCUUUGUCAAAGCUUUUCCCAGCAAGCGGGACGGAGAAAACAAACAAGGUUGAAGCGAAAAAUGUCAGGAAAGCAGAUGAGAAGCCUGGCGGAGGACUCAUGGCAAGACUCUUUCAGAAAUCCUUGGAAAAGAAUGAAGACGCCACAAAACCGGUAGCCCAUGAGAACCUUAAAGACAAAAUACAUGCAGAUGACAAAAUGAAUAGAGAGGACAUUAAUGAGGGGGAUGCAGUUCAAGUCAAACCUCUCAAACAGGAAGUUGAGGAUGACAUUCAAGACAGGGCACUUUCUUCUGACCCAAACUCACUGCAGAACAACAAAGAGGAAGCUGUGAUCACAGACCCAUUGGUCCUGCACCACAUAUUAACUAAUGAAACAACUGAUAUCCUAACAAAACCUGCCCAAGCAGAUCAAACAGAUGACAAGAACAACGAGGGUACCAGUGAUAGCCUGACAGAACCUGUGCGAACAGAUAAAACGGAUGAUAAGAACAGUGAAUCUACCAGUGAUAGCCUAAUAAGACCUCUUCAAACAGAUCAAACGGAUGAUAAGAACAGUGAAUCUACCAGUGAUAGCCUCAUAAGACCUGUUCAAACAGAUCAAAUUGAUGAUAAGAACAGUGAGGUUACCAGUUAUAGCCUAACAGACCCUGUUCAAAUAGAUCAAACGGAUGAUAAGAACAGCAACUCCACCAGUGAUAGCCUAACAGAACCUCUUCAAACAGAUCAAACGAAUGAUAAGAACAGCGAAUCUACCAGUGAUAGCCUAAUAAAACCUCUUCAAACAGAUCAAAUGAAUGAUAAGAACAGUGAGGUUACCUGUUAUAGCCUAACAGAACCCGUUGUAACAGAUCAAACAGAUGGUAAGAACAGUGAAUCUACCAGUCAUAUCCUAACAGAACCUCUUCAAACAGAUCAAACUGAUGAUAAGAACCGUGAGAGUACUAGCAUAGCAUCAGCUGAUUCUAGAAUAGCUGACUGUGGAGACUUUCCUUCUACUGAUGAUCAUGGCUUGCAAGAGUCGACCGAUGAGCUGUUAAUUGAAACAAGUGAAGUUUUUCAGGUCCUGGUUGAUCCACCCAUCAUUAUUAUCAAUAAAGAUGAGCCAGAUGAUGCAGCUAAGCCAAAACAAAGAAAUAUUGACCCAAACACAAUGGUUGAUCUCAACCAAGAGCCCCUGCAAGAUAACACCAUCGACCAGAUUGUUUCUCAGGAGCUUUCUGGGGAUAACCCUGUCGAUUUGAUGGUUUCAGUUGCUACUGAAAGUUUUAGCCUGCUUGACCCUCAACCAGCAUCAAUGCAAAAUGAUGGGCUUGGCUUGACAGACCAACUGAUCUCCCCAGAAUUUGUCAACCAGGCUGAUAAUCAAAGCCUGCUAAGUUGUCAGACUACAAACAGCUUGACAGACAUGCAGGAGCCAGAUUUUGACAUAUUCAGCCCAAAUAGCAGUUUAUUACACACAAACCAGCCACCCACUUUCCCCGGUGAUAUCUUCGCAGUUGGUGAAAUGUCAACUAGUGUAGAUGUUCUUAGUGCUAGUCCACUGAACGGUUCACAGGCAACAUCCUCUGUAGCUACUUCAGCUCAGGGAGAUAUUUUCUCUCUUGACAUUUUUGCAACAGAGUUGCUGCCAAAGGCUGAGUUAAGUAAUGCAUCCUCACCUUUGGACUGUCUGACAGAGUCGGACAACAACAGUAAAGGGCAAGCAACAGAAAACACUGACACACAGAGUACCUGGAUGGAUGAUUUGCUCGGAUAAAAAGAUGUAAGGUGAUGGGCAGGUUACCACAGGCUACCACAAACCCAUAAAAAAGUAAUAUGAUUAGUAUACAAGUAAUGACAAAUACAAGGAAAUGUUGUUGUGUUUUUUUGUAUUCAAUUAUAAUUUUACACUUUGGCUCAAUACCAUUAUGGUAUGGUAUAGUGUAUUUGUCUUGGACAUGCUUUCCAUGGCAAAAUAGAGAUUGUGUCACUAUAGACUGAUAGCUUAUGCAGCGAUGAAGGAAAGUAAAGACGGAAAAGUGUGUUGUUUAUUGUUUUAAUUGAUGCUGUGAUUGAUGUUGCAUGAUAUCAAUGAAACAGCCUGAAACUGAGUCAAUGUGCAAAUCCAUGUUUAUGAUGAAUGCAUUUUAAGCCCAUCCCUUCAUGAAACUGUUUACGUCAAUUAAGCACUUUUUAUUUUAAGAGUUUCUAAAAAAUGUUGGUACAAGAUGGCAACUGGUGGUAACUGCACAAAAUGACAUAAUGAUCUGCUGGACAAGAUGGCUGUAACUGAGAAUUAGUUGCCACUGUUGGUGAAGCCAAUAAGUACAUCAAUAUUGCUUCAUUGUAUCUGGUUCACAAAUAAAGACCUUAACUUGUGAUUUGAAAUGUUUGCGUAAAACCUCUUCUUUACUAUAAAUUGGUGUCCAAACUUUUUCCACCGAGGGCCACACACUGAGAAAUAGAAGGAUAAAAGGGCCACACAUGUAGAUAUGCUAAGAAGUUAUACAGUACAUAUUUCAAGAAGAAACUGCAUCUCAGCUUUGUGGUAUACUGUAGGUGGAAAAGCUUAGAUUAUUAGUAUGAACUUCAGGCCUUGCUCUUUUUUCCCCAUUUUUGCUGGGGUUUUUUUUGUAAAUUUUACAAGUUUUAA